AUGACAAUGCAACAAUCAGCAAAGGAAGAUUUAGAGAAUGAUUAUAAUAAUGAACAAGAAAACAAAGAGGAGAGCAAGCAAAUAAAUAAUCAGCAACUAGAGAAUGAUAUUGCUCAAUUAAAACAGCAGCUAAAUUAUUUAAAUGUUGAUAAUAAAGAAAACAACCCUGAACAGCAAAAACUUAUUCAGGAACUUAGAAUAAGUUAA